GGACGUCAGACGCUAAGUGGGAUGGCUUUGUGUGUGUAUGUGUGUGAGAGGGAGAAGCAAAAAGAGAGAGGACAACGUUCCUGAAGAAAGGAGACUUUCAGUUCAGUGAAUGAGCGUUUGUGGAAAGCUCGUGGAAGAGAAGCAGCGUUUCAAAAACAAAAGGACAGAUUCUUCACUUACGCCUGCGAAAUCUCCACAGUUUGACUUCCCGUGUGCUUUUCAGAUGGUGCCAUGGCUGAGGGAAGCUGCUUCGGUGCGUUGUAGCUGUUUAGGAUGACCGGAGCUGAACCUCAAAGAGGAAGAGUGGAAAGCAAAGAAGAAGGAGUCGUAAGAAGAGGGAAAACAUCUGGUCAGAGAAGAUAAGAUCAGCAGCACAUCUGGAUCUGAACAGGGAACCUACUGGACUUUUCUCUUUGUAAGGAAAAAGAAUUCAGACUCAUAUCAGAGCUUUAUUUUUUUAUCACUGGUUGUUGCUGUUUCAGAAAGAGUUAACGCCAUGUGCCAUGUCAUUGUAACAUGCCGCUCCAUGCUCUGGACACUGCUCAGCAUUGUAGUUGCCUUUACUGAGCUCAUUGCCUUCAUGAGCCCUGAUUGGUUGCUGGGAUUCCCCCGGUCAGACUCCAGUGUGACAGGGGCAGGGGUGGACUCCGGGGAGUACCGGCCAUCCCUCGGCCUCUACAGCCGCUGCCUUCGUGUGGGGAACCGGGGAGUUGGGGUGAGCUGCGGGCCCUAUGCCGGGACGUUCGGAGAAGUGGCCAGUGGCUUCUGGAAGGCUGCCAUGUUGUUUCUGGCAGCAGGGACGUUAGUGCUAGGGUGCGUGGCCUGUAUCUCCAUCUUCACCCUGUGUUUUCAGAGCAUCCUGAAGAAGAGCCUAUUCAACAUCUGUGGACUGCUGCAGGCUAUUGGAGGCCUGUUGCUGAUGGUGGGCCUCAUGCUGUACCCCGCUGGCUGGGGUUCAGAGAAGGUUAUCAGCUACUGCGGCCCAGACGCCUCGCCCUUCAGGCCGGCUCUGUGCUCGCUUGGCUGGGCGUUCUACGCAGCGAUAGGGGGGACGCUGGCAACCUUCCUGUGCGCUGUUUUGUCCGCGCAGGCCGAGAUUGCCACCUCCAGCGAUAAGGUCCAAGAGGAGAUUGAGGAGGGGAAGAGUCUGAUAUGUCUACUCUGAGCCCUGCAGAAAACUUGGGAAAUCAUCCCUUGGUGUAAUUUCUCUCUUAAGGACAUCUGUACCUCUCAGUGGAGGGAGGACAGACAUUUCUCUGAGUGAUUUUCUUCAUGAUAGCCUGGAUAAAAUCAGCUGAUUGUUAAAAAGAUAGAGGGGUUGGUAACAGCUUUUUAAACCAUUAGGCAUGGUGCUCUCUUUUGAAACUUGCUGAAGCCUUCUUGAGGCUAAGCAAAUUUACCCAUACACAUAUUCAGUGUUUUACUUUUUACCAAGAUACUGUUUAUUUUUGUAAUAAAUCUUUCCUUAAACAAACCACUGUGCUGGAAAAGCAGGAGAUAGUUUUAGAAUUAGUGUUACUGUGGACAGGUUAAACACAGUUAAACACUGUGGACAGUAAAACAGUGUGUAGGUCUGUAAUGUUCAUUCACAUGGUUCACCUGCACACCUCAACAAACCACUGAAUACUAGCAGAUGUGCCCACUAAAACACCCAACAAUGCUGUGUGUGUAUGUGUGUGUGUGUGUAUAUAUGUGUGUAUGUGUAUGCGUAUGUGUAUGUGAUAGACAUUAACUGUUGAGGUUUCUAAAUGUCCAUAUGUUCUGAUUUUGUGGCACAGCAGGACAGUAAGACUCUCCAGCUAACUUAAGGCGUGCCAAUUAAGGGAUUGUUCACUUCAAAGGGAGUUCCUCUCGUUAAAUGGAUUGUUUGUGGGUCUAUUGCAGCUUAAUAACUGGCAGAGUGUGUGCAGAAAAAGAACAGAGGCUCACCAUAUGUUUCACAGCGGUGAGCUUUCAUGAGGGGAUGUUUGCUCACAGCAAGAUAAAGCAGGCUGCGCCAUAGCUUAUCAUGAACUACCUUAUGACAUGAAGAGAAGAUACAGACAAGAUCUGGCUUUGUAAAGUGGUCCAAGACACAAAAAAGCAUGUCAAAAUUCAAAAAGCCUUUGUUGAGCAAAAACUCCAAAUGGAUCAUUGGAGUUGCCACAUCAGUGUGCUGUAGGUAUUUUCCAAAGCUCACUAAAGCAAACCUUCUUAGUUUCAUAGUUUCAGAGCAUUCCUGUUCCCAAAUAGCACCUGAUAUUGUGUUUUGCACUUGGUCGUUAAUUCAUUUCACAUUGCUACAUAAGUCGCUGUAAAUCUAAUACGAUUUGUAUGAUGCUGUGCUUUUAUUCAUUGUAGAUGAGAUGUGCAAUAAUUCAGAUAUAGUAUGUUUUCUGUGAGGGUGAGUGGACCGAGAGUAAUGAAACUGAAAAUGAAUGAAAUCACAACAUGGAUGUGUAUCAAAAAGCAUUUCUAGUCUCUCUGUGCUUUAAUUAAUGUUGACUUUUUUGUUACAUUAACAAAAGAGUAACAGCAUCUGUGGCUGUACAUAUGUAUGAGAGGUUGAUAUGUGUGAAUAGAGAUACAAUCUGUACUUUGUGCUCAAAUAAACCAGGCCUUCUUUAGUAAAUUUA